GAGCAAAGUGAUACUAAAGUGGCGGUGAGAUGCUCCAUCUUCGGUGGUAAGAAUGUGGAAAGGGACGAAGAUCUGCCGUUGGUUUGAAAGAGGUUCAAAAAGAGAAGGAGAGAAUGUAAGAGUGCCGACUGAGACUCAAAGGAAAGGGAUUACUGCCUGUUAUGGAGCAGUGAAGGUUCAAUUGACAGCAAGAGUUUGCUGCAAACAAUCGACUUCGACGGCAAGGUUUUGCUGCGUUCAACAAUCAACAAUGACUGACACUACAGCCAAGAUUGGAUCCAAAACGGAAAAGAGAGAAAUAGGUAUCCUUAAGACAACAGAUCCGGAUUCACCCUAUUUUCUCCAUUCCAGUGAUGAUCCAGGGAGGGUCUUAGUCACGACUCCCUUGACCGGGGAUAAUUACCACACGUGGAGAAGGAGUAUGCAGAAUGCCUUAUUUGCAAAGAACAAGAUGGGGUUUGUUGAUGGGAGCCUUAAGAGACCAAACGCAGAUUCCCCAAAGUAUCAGGCUUGGACAAAGUGCAAUUCUAUGGUGCUUUCAUGGUUACUUAAUGCUCUCUCUAGGGACUUGCAAGGAAGUGUGGCCUAUGUGGAAAGUGCUGCUGAGGUUUGGAAUGACUUACAUGAACGCUUCUCACAAGGAAAUGCAUCUCGGGUACAUGAAUUAAAACUCGAACUUGCAACUACCACACAACAGUCAAGAUCAGUAAUAGCAUAUUUCACAAAAUUGAAGCCUAUAUGGGAUGAACUACAAGCAAAUGAGCCAGUGCCGACAUGCACUUGUGGUUGUACAUGUGGUGCAGCAAAGGAGUAUAUGAAGGCACGAGAAACAGAGAAAGUCCACCAAUUUCUCAUGGGACUGAAUGAGAAUUUUUCGACUGUUCAAUCACAGAUCUUAAGCACAGAACCUCUCCCAUCACUGAAUAAGGUGUAUGCAAUGACUACCAAAGAAGAGAAGCAACAAGCGGUGGCUGCAUCUAGAAGUCCAAUUAUAGAAGCAACAGCCUUGGCAGCAAAGAUGAAUCACACUGGGAAAUCUUCCAUGUCAGGGAAGCCACGCUGUGAUCAUUGCAAGAAGGACCUAGCCUCGAGGAAGUUGAUUGGAAUGGGUAAGCUUCGCGGAGGGCUAUACUACUGCGACUUUGGGCAUGUUGCUGCAACAAGUCACACCAAGCAAAAGGAGGACACAUCCUUGGAGUUGCUUGAUGAUUAUGUUUGCACCAUGCCCCAGUCUGUUAUGCCUAUGCAAGCUCCAUCUCAAUCAACUAACUCAGGUGAUCCCUAUGCUUUAUCUAAUUGUGUCUCUUACAAUUCUUUUUCAUCCACUCAUCUCAGUUAUUUAGCAGCCAUCUCUUUCGUAGAUGAGCCUAAAUCCUUUUCUCAGGCCAUUAAAAAUGAAAACUGGCGAGAAGCAAUGAGGCAAGAGGUCGCUGCACUUGAGAAGAAUGGCACUUGGACAAUUGAGACAUUGCCUCCUGACAAACGUGCAAUUGAUUCCAAAUGGGUCUAUAAGAUCAAAUUCAAGCCAGAUGGAACUGUUGAACGGUACAAAGCUCGCUUAGUAGCGAAGGGAUUCACUCAAAUUGAAGGGCUUGAUUUUCAUGAGACCUUUGCUCCUGUUGCUAAAAUGGUCACUGUGAGGACAUUACUGGCUCUUGCUUCGAUUAAGCACUGGGAAUUGCAUCAAUUAGAUGUCAAUAAUGCUUUCUUGCAAGGUGACUUACAUGAAGAGGUAUAUAUGAAAAUACCACAAGGUUUUACUUGCAACCAGAGCAACAAAGUUUGUAGGUUGCGGAAAUCACUUUACGGAUUACGACAAGCAUCUAGGAAUUGGUUUGAAAAGUUCACAACCUCCCUUGAAGCAAUUGGGUUCAAGCAAUCAAAGGCAGAUUAUUCCUUAUUCACAUUGGCUAUUGCUGACAGUUUUGUUGCAGUAUUAAUUUAUGUUGAUGAUAUUGUCAUCACCGGCAAUGAUGGAGCUAGAAUUGCAACCUUAAAACACUAUCUUCAUUCUGCAUUUUCUAUAAAGGAUUUGGGCAUGCUUGGGGCAAAGCCUAGUUCCUUUCCCAUGGAGCAGCAUCAUCGUCUCGGACUUGCAUCUGGUUCACCUAUACCAGAUCCUUCACAAUACAGGAGGCUAGUCGGUCGGCUCCUUUACUUGACAAUAACACGACCAGACAUAUGCUAUUCUGUUGGAAUCUUGGCACAAUUCAUGGAGGAACCCAAACAGGAACACUUUGAUGCAGCAAUGAAAGUGUUACAUUAUGUUAAGAACUCACCGGGACAAGGGAUAUUACUCUCCUCUUCCAGUCAUCCACAUCUUGUUGCUUAUUGUGAUGCAGACUGGGCUGGUUGCCCACGGACACGGCGCUCAACAACAGGUUACUAUAUUUGUCUCGGACACUCCCCUGUUUCUUGGCAGUCGAAAAAGCAAUCAAUUGUCUCUCGCACCUCCGCUGAAGCUGAGUAUAGGGCCAUGGCAUCAACUGUCAGUGAGCUCACUUGGUUAAAGUCCUUGCUUUAUGAUCUUGGGAUAUAUCACUCGAAGCCAAUGACAUUGUUUUGUGAUAACCAAGCUGCCUUACACAUUGCCAAUAAUCCUGUGUUUCAUGCGCGCACAAAACAUAUUGAGAUAGAUUGCCAUUUUGUUCGUGAACGCAUUCAACGGAAGGAAUUGCUCACGGCUCAUCACUGGGAACUGCAUCAAUUAGAUGUCAAUAAUGCUUUCUUGCAAGGUGACUUACAUGAAGAGGUAUAUAUGAAAAUGCCACAAGGUUUUACUUGCAACCAGAGCAACAAAGUUUGUAGGUUGCAGAAAUCACUUUACGGACUACGACAAGCAUCUAGGAAUUGGUUUGAAAAGUUCACAACCUCUCUUGAAGCAGUUGGGUUCAAGCAAUCAAAGGCAGAUUAUUCCUUAUUCACAUUGGCUAUUGCUGAUAGUUUUGUUGUAGUAUUAAUUUAUGUUGAUGAUAUUGUCAUCACCGGCAAUGAUGGAGCUAGAAUUGCAACCUUAAAACACUAUCUUUAUUCUGCAUUUUCUAUAAAGGAUUUGGGUCCCUUAAAAUAUUUUCUUGGAAUUGAGGUAGCUAGAACAACAAAAGGGAUAGUUCUGAGCCAGCGAAAGUAUGCUCUUGACAUACUCACGAAAUCAGGCAUGCUUGGGGCAAAGCCUAGUUCCUUUCCCAUGGAGCAGCAUCAUCGUCUCGGGCUUGCAUCUGGUUCACCUAUACCAGAUCCUUCACAAUACAGGAGGCUAGUCGGUCGGCUCCUUUACUUGACAAUAACACGACCAGACAUAUGCUAUUCUGUUGGAAUCUUGGCACAAUUCAUGGAGGAACCCAAACGGGAACACUUUGAUGCAGCAAUGAAAGUGUUACGUUAUGUUAAGAACUCACCGGGACAAGGGAUAUUACUCUCCUCUUCCAGUCAUCCACAUCUUGUUGCUUAUUGUGAUGCAGACUGGGCUAGUUGCCCACGAACACGGCGCUCAACAACAGGUUACUAUAUUUGUCUCGGACACUCCCCUGUUUCUUGGCAGUCGAAAAAGCAAUCAAUUGUCUCGCACUCCUCCGCUGAAGCUGAGUAUAGGGCCAUGGCAUCAACUGUCAGUGAGCUCACUUGGUUAAAGUCCUUGCUUUAUGAUCUUGGGAUAUAUCACUUGAAGCCAAUGACAUUGUUUUGUGAUAACCACGCUGCCUUACACAUUGCCAAUAAUCCUGUGUUUCAUGCGCGCACAAAACAUAUUGAGAUAGAUUGCCAUUUUGUUCGUGAACGCAUUCAACGGAAGGAGUUGCUCACGGCUCAUGUGCCUUCUCAUUGUCACUAGCAGAUUUGUUUACAAAGGCAUUAGGCAAGGAACGACUUCAUUUCCUAUUAUGCAAGUUGGGCAUUAGAGACCUUCAUGCUCCAACUUGAGGGGGAGUAUAGCCGGAUAUCAAGGAGAUGAAUAAGGAAGUCAAUCAAUCAACAUUAAUCUCUGAUAUAAUCUCUGAUAUUUUGCUGGUCAUACCAGUAAAUGCAUUCCCUGUAUAGAAUGAAUCACUGAUUUAGAC